ACAUUGCCAGCAGCGGCAGGAUUACCGUAAAUUUUUCUCGUUUUUACCAAAAUGCCGAAAGUUGUGUCCCGAAGUAUCGUUUGUUCCGAUUCAAAGGACAAAGAAGAGUACAACGAAACUGGUCCACUGAAUAUUUACUACUGUCUCUGCGGACAAAUGAGUUUAAUUCUAGAUUGUACUUUGGAAAAAUUACCUCUCCGCCAGCUGGACGGUGCGCGGGUGAUCGAUAGCACCCGUCACGCGAACAAAGUGAAUGCCGACCCAAGUGAAACCAUUUUUAUACAGCGCGAAGCUGGCAUUGAGAAGCAGCACCGGUUCAAAUGCAAAAAAUGUGGACUCCCGCUUUACUAUCGGCACUCGAACGAUCCACAGGUAACGUUCGUGAUACGCCGGGCGCUGGUGAAGUGUAAGAGUGAGGCAAAAAUAUCGGAAAUAAUCAAAACUCCCAGCGCAAGCCUUAAUCCGGCCCUCGAGCCGAAAAAAGUUAUGGUCACCAAGCACACAAAGAACAUGGGCAAGUUUAGCUCCGUCACUGUUUCCACCAUCGAUGAGGAGGAGGAUGAAAUUGAAGCGCGUGAGGUGGCGGACAGCUACGCAAAUAAUGCACGAAUCAUCGAAAAGCAGCUGGAACGAAAAGGUGGCAAAACGAAUGAAGAUGUGCUGAAGGAAAAGAUUGAACCACCACCAGCUAAAAAGACUCGUGGCACACUUCUCGAUACUUAAUUGCUUCGAUCAUGUUUAUCUGCAGAAUAAAUGGUCUAAUG